AUGUUUUUCAUUUUUUGUGGUCAGGGAACUAUCUUAUCUACCAUUGUCUGUUCAUAUCUAUCUAUCUAUCUAUCUAUCUAUCUAUCUAUUUAUCUAUCUAUUCAUAUAUCAUCUAGCUAUCUUAUCUAUAUUAGUCUGUUCAUAUCUAUCUAUCUAUCUAUAUAUCUAUUCAUAUAUUAUCUAGCUUAUACUAUCUCUCUCUCUCUAAUGUCAGUGUCUUCAUAUCUAUCAAAGUCUGUUUACAUCUAUCUAUCUCAGUCUGUACAUUAUCUAUGUAUCUAUCUAUACACAUCUCUGCCUAUUACUUGUCAUAUCUAUCUCAUUCUGUUCAUAUCUAUCUAUCUAUCUAUCUAUCUAUCUAUCUAUCUAUCUAUCUCAAUCUGUUCAUAUCUAUCUAUCUAUCUAUCUAUCUAUCUAUCUCAAUCUGUUCAUAUCUAUCUAUAUCAUCUAUCUAUCUAUAUCUAUCUAUAUCAUUCUGUUAAUAUCUAUUCAUCUAUCUAUCUAUCUAUCUAUCUAUCUCAGUCUGUUUAUAUCUAUCUAUCUCAGUCUGUUUAUAUCUAUUCAUCUAUCUAUCUAUCUAUCUAUCUAUCUAUCUAUCUAUCUAUCUAUCUAAUUCUGUUCAUAUCUAUCUUAUUCAGUUCAUAUCUAUCUAUCUAUCUAUCUAUCUAUCUAUCUAUCUAUCUAUCUAUCUAUCUUCAUUGCGCCAAUAUUGUAGAUAACUUGAGUUCACUUGCUCCCUUAUUACAGCAGCAAGCAGACUCCUUUACUCUCACUGCCUAUCUCUCUAUCUCUCUCUGGUCGGCUUCGACUGAAUUUGAUGGACUCUACCGAUUCCGACUCCGACUGACUGUUUGUUUCCACACAAACACGCACUUAAAUAAACGCGGCGGUAACGAAAAAAACCCGGGGUGUUAG